UUCGGUUAGUGAGAGAUUAUUGUUCUUUAUACAAUGAAGUAGAGUGACUUUGGUGGUGUUGAAUCAGCGACUGUCAGUCUAUCCCCCUGUGUUCAGUAUGUGAAAUUUCUCGAUAUUGUGUGGAACAAUCUUCUUUGAAUAAUGUUUAGUUUAGAUAAAUGGUGAAAUUAGUCAGAUAAAUUGACGUAAAAGCGUUAAAUGUGGCUAUUGAGAGCUGAUAAAAACUCGUGUUUGGCGAAGUUAGUACCCAAGUGGAAAACACACCACCAAGAGCACAUUCUUUCUGCUCUUAUAUAAAAUUAGUUGUAGUUGUGUGUCAAACUGGAUUCAUACCCAUACUUCAGUGAAGGAUCACACUGAAUUUUGAGCACGAAGAAAGCAUCUGCUGGGGUAGAAGUUUAAUAUUUGUACCUGAUUACAAGAUUAAAUACUAGUGCUAGCGAAGAAGCUACGUGAUUUAGUAAGAUUGACAGCAGUUGAACAGUGAGCGCUAUUAUUGUUGGAUUUAUUCUAUUGGAUUUCUGAACGGGUUCACAGGGAGCUAAUCCCAUUGCCCUAACAAAUCAGAAAACAGCUGGCACAUUCCGGUAUGGCCACUCUACAGACCAGUAAGGUAGCGCACCAGUAUGGGCAACGUUUCAAUAGUGGGCCUACGGUUCAGGGAGUUAUGGCAGUGGCUCCUAUGCAGGACGGAGACCGCAUGACACAAUCCUCCCAUCAUCAUCAGCAAUAUACUGCAGUAUCUGGACCAAAGGAUCCGAUCAUCUUGAACCAUGUGUUGGGCAAUGUCGGUCCAGCCAAUAUAGUCAGUUCAGUCAUAUCAGGAGUAGAAACCCAACAGCACCAUCAAGCGCCACUGCCAAUGCAACCACCUGCGGCCAAGAUGUGGCUACUGGUAGAGUGGGAAGCGCCAGCAGGAGAACCGAACAGCUACUCCGUGAUUGAUUCAUCUGAGCUGGUUCUUCACACUCAAGCAGGGAGUACUCGAGAGACCAUCCACACCGGGAAGACCAUCUUUGUACGACGGGGUAAGAAGGUACAACAGGCGACGGUGGUUAUCAUUUCCGACGAUAAAUCGUUCAUCGAUACGGAGGUUAGGCAACUACGAAAAAUGGCUGCGGAUAAUCUCUACCGUAACACGGCGGGCAUCCAAGUUCAACAUAGUGUUUCAAUAAAUCAAGAGCAACAGGCAAAACGUCGACGAAUGGAGUCCAACGUGACGGUCUUGGAUGAACAGGAACCGGCAAGUCCUGAAUACGAGCCGGUGCCGACCCAAUCCCAAAUUGCCACCGCAAACUGGGUGAACAAUUGCAAAAACGAACGAAUCAUGUCGCCCUCUCCUUCGGUUAUAUCGGUUCAAGUGAACAAUCCAGUUACUUAUCAGAAAGCACCCCCACCAAUGACGUUCGAUCAGCAAACGCAAACCGAUACUAGGUUCUUCCCACAGGAUAACGGCAACCGUUCUAAUCAAGCGGAGUUAACGAAAAUUUUGUCUCUGCUGGAAACUAUCCUUUCGGAGCAGAAAAGCAUUCGAAUGGAAACCGAAUACAACAGAAAGCUGACCUACGAUAUGAUGGAGCAGCAGAACACAUUCUCGGAAUCCCUCAAGCAUCUGGUAUCCAAGGUUGAUGUGGUCAACAAGUUUGAAAUAACCGAAGUAAUGAAAAACCCAGAUGACAAUGUUUCCAGUUACGUUGUGUUGGGCACUGGAGGCGAAGAGAGUCGAGACAGAGCUUCAAGCGUCGCCGAAUCUACUGCUCACAAACCAACUAUUUCGAACGAUAGUGCCAACCUCAUGAUAGAACAAGUGAGUGUCCAAGAGGAAAGCAACAUGUCAUUUUCGCAAAGCAAAUUCACGAUCCAUGAAGAAAGUUCCGUUAACUCCGUAACGUCCACACCAAAGAAUCUCAAUUUUACCAACAAGCUCUCAUCGUCGGCGCUUAGUCUCAGCAAUGUCAGUAUUCAGUCCCAAGUAAGCAACAAUCCGCCCAGCAAUCCCAAAUUGUCCGCCGUCAACGAAAUGCUGAAAGAGUGGAAUGACGAUGACGGAGGAGAUGAAUCCGAGCUAACUCCCAUAGGGCCCAACAACACCAUGGUGAAGAAGCAAAUCCUGCGUGCAAUCAACUGGUCCAACUAUAAGGCCGCGACCCGGAAACUUCUAAUGACCUUGUUUUCCCGGGAGGUACUCGCCUCGCAUACUCUAACAGGUCGUCCAUCGCCGGCUUUUAUGGGAGAUCGCGCCAAACCGGUUAAGGAUAAACUCGACCAGAAGAUCAUCGCCGACAUCAUCAGUAUCGUGGCGAAAACUUGCAGCGUUUCGGAGCCGAUGGUGCGCACUGCCAUCACUACCAAAUGCGCCGACGAGAACAAAAUGAGUCGAAUGAAACACAAUAAGAGCGGAUCUCAGACUUCGAUGGCACAGUACGUGCAGGAUACUAGCACUAUUCUUGCUGGUGCCCCUGAUAUGGAUGGUAGCAUCGCUAUGGAUGAAGAUCAUACAACGUCCCCAUUCGUACGGAGGGUCAAAAGGGAAAAUAAGGAAAAUGUACACUGAUAUAUUGUAAAGAGAUUUUGCCAAAAUUAAAGUUUUAGAUGUUUUUAGUUCGCCAUUGUUGAGGCUGCCAUCCAUCUGUAUCCAUUUCUAUCUUCCAUUUCUUGUAUGUUUUUAAAGUGUUUAAUUUUAUCGAUCGUGAGAGAGGCAGUGAUUGUUUUACUGGGAAAAGACACAUAAAUAGCACAUUGAAAGCGCCGAUGUACAAAACAAAUGUUUCUAGCUUUAAGUUGAUUAGUUUUAUAGACUCGACAUUUUUUCUAUUAUAUCUAUUGUAUAAUAACAAUAAUUUUAUGAAAUAAAACAAAAGAAUUUUUGAAUACAA